AUGUUCCUCUCGUCCGCCAAUCACGCGCCUUCCCGCCUCGUCCGGCCGGCGCCACGCCGCCGCGGACUGGCGGCCCGCGUCGCAGCCACCGCCAGCGCCGCUCUGCGUCUGGCAGCCGUCGGCGUCGCCUUCGCCUUCGCCGUCGUCGGCGUAGCCUUGGCCGUCGCCGUCGGCAUGGCCGAGGCGAGACGAGCCGGCAAAGAAGAGUGUCGCACGUCGGGCCAGUUUGUCGCCUGCGUCGGCGUCCUCUUGACCGACGUGGAACUGGCCAAACUGCCGCUCGAGUCGGAAGUCAUGCUCUCUCGCCUGACGGCCCGCCUGACGACCGGCGAGGCCGAGCAUCCUCGCGACGGAUCAGUCGUCAAGCUGAAGAUUCACGACUCUGAGAUUGACCAUAUCGAGGCCGGCUACUUUGCCCGAUUCAGCGGACACGCUCUACAAACGCUGGCUUUGGUCAAACUGAAAGGCGCCUACCGAUUGGACAAUCAGUCACUGGCCGGCCUCGAGAACUCGUUGCUCACGCUCAAACUCUCCGACGUACGCAACGUCGACUUUGGCGUGUUGGCGCGUCUGGCACGAUUGCACACCCUCGAGCUCAACCGGCUCCACCUUCAGUCGCUGCCCAACUCGGUCGCACGUCUCCUCAAGACGCGACAACUCACAUCGCUCAAUCUCAUGCACAAUCGACUCGCUCAGUUGCCCUGGCAACUAAUCGCCGACUGGCUCAAGUCGCCCGAGUCGAAGCAUCUUCAGUUGGAGGACAACUCAUGGCACUGUGACUGCAACCUGUGGCCGGUGCGCGAGUUGAUACGGCCCAUGGAAGAGUGA